AUGAUCGUCCUGAAAAAGCUGCUACAAGCUGGCACUGCCGGCUUUAAAUGUGGCAGUUGCAGACCGAGGGCUUUUUCAUCGAAGACAAGGAAUUACAGUUCGGACACCUUGGCAAGCAUGGAAACCCAGGCCCUGAGAGAUACUUACAAAACAAAAUUUCUGGCACAGAGUUAUAUGGAUAUGUAUGGCCAUUAUCCCCCAGAAGCUGUUGUUCCUGCAGCACGACAACUUCGGGGCAUAUUCCACUCGGAUUUGGUUCAGGGCGAGAUUUUGCUGGAAGUGGGCAGCGGUCCCAUGGUCUGGUGCUCGCUCGUAGCCUCCAGUCGAUUCAAGCACAUCGUGCUGAGCGACAUAGCCGAAUGCAACAGGCUCGAGCUCGAGAAGUGGCUGAACAAGAAUAAAGAUGCCAUCGACUGGACCACUCGUGCCGAGGAGAUUGCUGACUUGGAAGGUUAUAGGUUAGUAUGGGCAUAA